AUGGCAUAUCCAGAUUACCAAAAGCCCUACAUCGUGCACACUGAUGCCUGCAAAGACGGUCUAGGUGCUGUCUUAUACCAGGAACAGGAAGAGACAAUGCGAGUCAUUGCGUACGCCUCUCGGAGUCUAACAAAUGCAGAAAAGAACUAUCACCUCCAUGCAGGAAAAUUAGAAUUUUUGGCACUCAAAUGGGCAAUCACUGACCACUUCCGUGAUUAUUUAUAUUACGCACCUGAAUUUACGGUUUAUACCGAUAACAAUCCAUUAACAUACGUUUUAACAUCUGCACGACUUAAUGCCACAGGCUUAAGAUGGAUUGGAGAACUGGCCGAUUUUAAGUUCAACAUCCGUUAUCGUCCAGGAAAACUCAAUGGAGACGCCAAUGCAUUGUCCAGAAUGCCUAUGAAUAUUGACGAUUAUAUGAAAACAUGCAGUGAAGAGGUUAAUCGCGACGCUUUCCAAGCGACAGUUUGUGGAGCAAAAGUACAGGUCGAACAGUUUCAAACACCUUUGCUCUUUCCUCCUGAGAUUACUCGAGCGGAUGUUAGUUUAAACCAAGCAUCUAUAAAUUUGAAGACAGCACAGAAUGACGACGCAGAUAUUGACUGCGUCAUAACACUCAAAAUAGCGAACAC